AUGGACACAUGAAUCAGCUUUAGCAUUUCGCCACUAAAUAACAACAAGUUAAGAAGUCAGUCAAGUUAGUCAACGAUAACGUACAUAAAAUAUUGCUUUUAAAAUAUUGUUUUUUUUCCAAAGAAAUUGUCUUAAACAAAUAAAUAGUUAUAAAUGGCCACUAAAUGGUUACAUUCGUCACCUUAUGCUCCUCUACCGCCUAAUGCCGUUGUAGGUGGUUACGAUAUGGACGGUAGUCCAAUAUAUGUGGGACGUUCAUAUCAUGAAGGUAAUCAGCUGCCAGUCAAAGUAAUACCCAGUAAAAGAGCUGCCUAUAUAUCAUAUGCCGGUAGCGAACAUUCUAAAACACACUAUGAACUAUUGGUGGGUGAUAAUUACAGUUGGCAACCCUGCUUUGGGGCAAAUAUACCACCGAAUGCCAUACCAGUGGGUGAGACAGUAAGUGGUAGUGAACCUUUAUUUAUUGGUCGAGGUCAUCAUGGCAACAGUUUAGUAGUGGGUAAGAUACAGCCCUCACAUGCUUGUCUUUAUAUACCGUUUGCUGGAGAGGAAAUUAAAUUGGACAAAUAUGAAAUUCUAGUCUAUGGAGGUGCGGCCGUGGCACCACAUCCAGAAGAGGGUGAUUUAAUUAAAUUUGAAGAUUACAAAUGGUUACCUUCCUCUGCCUAUGCUAAUAUACCAACUAAUGCUGUGGUUGGUGGCAAUGAUGUAGACGGUGAUAUGAUCUAUGUUGGUCGUUCUUUUCACGAAGGUGACAUGUUAGUGGCCAAAGUUAUACCGGCCAAAAAAAUAGCCUUUGUUUCCUUUAGAGGCGCCGAACUGCCGAAAGAUCAUUUUGAGAUAUUAUGUGGUCGCAAUUUGGUUUGGCGUCAUUGUUACAAUCAUAUUAUACCAGAGAAGGCGGUGUUGUGUGGCAAAACCUCCCUGGGGCAACCGGUUUAUAUAGGUCGUGGUCACUAUGAGGGCAGUUUGACAGUUGGUAAAAUUUCUUCAGUACACAAAGCUUUGUUUAUACCUUUCCGAGGCGUUGAAAGACGUUUGGAGACCUAUGAGAUCUUGGUGGAGGAAAAGUUGAUACCCGGCUGGCAAUUACCGGCCUCCACAGAUCCAUUACCGCCUCCACCGCCCAUGACUCUAGAGAAACCUGGUCCUUAUCCACCUGUACCAACGCCCAGUCCAUAUCCCGAAAUAAAACCACCUAUGACUACACCACUUGAUCCACCACCACCCUAUGGAGCCGUUUGUAUGCCUAUGCCAACUCCUUUGCCUAAUUAUCCAACCAAACCUUGUAAUUUUCCAAAGCCUCCAACUAAUUAUCCACCACCAACACCAGCUUGUAGUUUUCCAAGACCUCCAACUAACUAUCCUCAAGUAACACCAGCUGCAACUUAUCCCGGACCACCAGAACAUUUUCCCAAUCCGCCACCACCAUGUUAUGCUCCCUCAGUUACACAUCCCCAUAACAUAUGGGUACCAGCUCAUCCCGGUACUACACCAGGUAAUGCUGUACAUGCUGGCCAUGACAUCGACAUGACCACCAUUUAUGUCUGUCGUGCUUAUCACAGUGGUGAUCUUCUACCUGGCAAAGCUAUACCAGGACGUUCUAGUGCUUAUGUUUCAUAUCAGGGCCAGGAAAUUCAAAAAUCUAGCUAUGAAAUGCUAGUGGGUGAACAUUAUAUCUGGGCACCGGCAGUUAAUGGCUUUGCCGUAGGGGCCGUAGAAGCAGGACGUACUGCAUGUGGAGAACCUCUUUAUGUGGGCAGAGCUCACUAUAAUGGCAGCUUGACCUGCGGCAAAAUUCAGCGUUCUCAUAAUUGUCUUUACAUACCAUUUGGAGGUCGUGAAGUAAGAAUCGCUCAUGGUUAUGAAAUUUUGGUGGAUAGAAAUCAACACAAUCAUGGUUUUACUGCAGCUAUGAAUUAUUAAGGAGACUUUUUUAACAUAACCUAUAAAAUAUAAGACUUUUACAGCUAAUUUUUGUAAACAAAAUAACUUCAUAAGUCACGAAUUGGAUAUACAAUCAAUUUUCCCUAUUAUGAGGCUUAUGUUAUUUUUGUAUUAAGCUCUUUAAUAAUAAAACAUUGUGACAAUAUAAAAUCCACUUCUCGAGUUAAAAGUUUGAAUAUUAAUUUUUUUUUAAUUUUAGUUAAUAACAAUGUAUCACCCGUUAUAAUAUACAUACAUAUAAUUAUUCAUUAGUUUUUUGCAUUGUGAAAUAAAACCGCAAUGAAAUUUUGCAGAAAUUGUAUAUUAA